AUGACUUUCACGGCCUCUCUUGACAACAACCCCCUGCGCCAGCUGACCAAGAAUGGCCGUCGCGCCCUUAGACUCGGUCCUACCUUCGAUGUUGUGAUCGACAAGAGGAUGAUUGCGAAGGAGAUCCCCAAGCGUGCCGCAAUGGCCAUUUCCAAGGUCUUCAACGAGAUGCUCACAAAGCACCAGCGCUACACGACCUUCAUGCUGAAUGACUACGAGGUCUCGAAGGACUGGGUCUUUAUCAUCAUCGACUUCAUCAUUGGCAACGUGAAGGUCAACAACACGUUCGCCCUCCGCAACAAGGAGAAGACGUUCCCUCAAGAAGUGGCUCUCUACCGCCACGCCGUCCACCAGUUCGGGAUGGAGCACCACGCUGGUGCCAUGCGCGCGACUCUGUUGGGGUGCCUCAACAAGGAUAUUCACAUGCCAACGAAUGCGUCUCUCGAUGAGCUUGUCACCCUUCCCGACACCGACCCACUAUACAACUUCUACCUAGCCAUGAAAGAUUGGAAGAAGGAGCGUGAGGCGCGUAAGGCGAACCAGCGCGAGGUCCAGCGUCAAGCCGAUUUUGAGCGCAACUUCCCCACGCUGAAGUAG